GCGUGGAAAACCAAGGUGCUUCCUGUUUAACACCAGGGCCAAAGACCUCAGACACGCCAGAUGCAAGAGCCAAAGAAGAAGUGGCUAAACAGCCUGCUGCUGAUCUGGCUAUGGAGAGCAGUGGUCCCGAAACCAGCAGCCCCUCUGCUUCAAACAAUCAACAGGAUAACACCUGUUUGACCUCACCAAAAAGCGAUCAGGCAGACGGGAGAAGAGGCAGAAGGUGGAUGGGCACAGCUGUGGAUGAGCUCAGGAGGAUGCCCAAGUGUGCUGCCCCUUUGCCACACCUGAAGGUCUCGCCCAACCAUUGUGUAAUGAUCAGAACAGAUCUGCUUAAGGAGGGCGACGUCCCUGUCCCAUACCCCACCAAGUACAGAGACGCCUGGGACGAACAGUCUGUGAGGAUGCCCUGCUCUGAGAAGAACCUCUUCCCAGUUGAAUCUGAAGAUGGGAACGCGUUCCGAAGUAGAUGGGGCCUCAUUUGUGAGGCUCUGUUAAGUGGAUGUAAAAGCUCACUGGACAUCAGGGAUGCAAUUCUCAGAUACAGUGCUGGCCAUGCCAAGCGAUGGGACUUCACUGCACUAAAUGUUCUUUGCACUGAUGCUCUGGCGCAUAGUGAGGUGAAGCAGCUCUUUGAGGAUCUCCUCCCUGGCAUGGUGCGGCUGGCACUCAGUGCCCCCCAGCUAUGCACACAGCCAAUCCCCCUGCUGAAGCAGAGGAUGAAUCACUCCAUCACCAUGUCCCAGGAGCAGAUAGCCUGCCUGCUGGCCAAUGCCUUCUUCUGCACCUUUCCCAGACGCAACUACAGGAAGAAUGAAUACGCCAACUACCCAGAGAUCAAUUUCUACAGGUUGUUUGAGGGUUCCUCUCCUCAAAAGGUGGAGAAGCUGAAAACCUUGCUGUGUUAUUUCCGGGCUGUCACUGGACCAUCAAAACCUACAGGCCUUGUAACAUUCACUAGACAAAGCCUUACCAGUUUUCCUAAAUGGGAAAGCUCCCAAACUGAACUCUCGCGACUACACAUUACUUGUGAGGGGACUAUUGAAGAUCAAGGAUAUGGUAUGCUUCAGGUGGACUUUGCCAACCGGCUGGUGGGGGGAGGUGUGACUGGGAAUGGCCUUGUGCAAGAGGAGAUCCGUUUCCUCAUCAACGCGGAGCUGAUCGCAUCACGCCUCUUCACCGAAGUCCUGGACCACAACGAGUGCCUUAUCAUCACGGGUACACAACAGUAUAGUACAUACUCAGGCUAUGCUGACAGCUACAAAUGGAAAGAGAGUCACACAGAUAAUACACCAAGGGACAGUUGGCAAAGGAGAUGCACAGAGAUAGUUGCACUUGAUGCACUGAAGUACAGACACUUUAUGGAGCAGUUCCAGCCGGACAAGAUGACCAGAGAGCUGAACAAGGCCUAUUGUGGCUUCUACCGGUCCGGGCUGACCAGUCAGUACUUGUCUGCUGUCGCCACGGGCAACUGGGGAUGUGGAGCAUUUGGAGGAGACUCAAGACUCAAAGCUUUGCUGCAGAUCAUGGCAGCAUCCCAGAGUGGACGGGACAUGGCUUACUUCACAUUCGGAGACGCUGAGCUGAUGAGGGAUGUGAGCGACUUGCACACAUUUCUAACGGACAGAAAAGUGACUGUUGGUAAACUGUUCAGAGAGCUGAAGCAGUUCUUCAACGUGGUAUGCAAGAACUGCUCUGGGCCUCGGCCAGAUGUUAGCCUGUAUGGCUUCCUCUACGAGCAGAUCACCAUGGACCCUUAGCCCCCUGACACAGCCGAAAACAAAGAGCUGGCAUCUAACCCACCUGCACACUGACUUCAAAUCACAGGGAUCUACAGUACAAACACAUUAUCAAGACAAUGCCUAAGCAUACUAUCUAAUUUCUGUCAAUUGACAUUGAUGUCAUUCUGAUAAUGUAGUCUACAGAAGUACACUGUACAAUUCUCACUUGCAAUUAAUAUCACUCUGAAUAACUCAACAACUGUCCUGCAGCAUUGACACAAAUAGCAAUAGUAAAUCUCGGUUGCUGUAAUGUCAUUUUUUGUGUGUAUGCACAUUCUCAGAGGUUUUUUGAUUUGCACACAGAUGGAUAGUCCCAGGUAGUCUUAAGUGGCCAAAUGUCUUUGCAUGAGACUGAGACUAUAAGGCCACGUGAACUGGUAUUAUACUCUCUCAGCAGAUGUAAAUGAUUGAAUCUUGCAAUACCUACAAUAAGAAAGUGGGUUGUAAUCGUCAAUGUCGUAUUAUUGUACUUAGUAAUAUGCAUGAAAACAACACUUUACAUAGAGACUGAAUUGACUAUGGCUUCAUGUUUUCCUCUGCAUAAACAAAGAGCAACCCCUCCAAAUAUGCAGUACAACAAUGUGGAUUUACUGCAAUCAAGUUAUUGGAAAGACUUCCGCAACAUAAUGUUUGCCAUAUGGGUGAUUGGUUAUUUUGUUGCUGGUCGAAUGCCUUUUUUGUAUAUUCCUUGCAUGGAAUUUUAACAUGCUAUCAUGAUUGUUUUAUUUCACUUUUAUUCUUAAUCUGUACUGUUGCCUUUCUGUUUAUAAAAUGUACAUAAAAUAUUUGGGGUUGAUUAUAGGAUAGUUAAUAUUUUCUGUAUUACUCAUUGUACAAUUAUUUGUUAAUUAAAUUAUCUCAAUUAAAAGAAU